AUGCUUAUCAAAUAAUUUGCUGAUUUUUUUAAUGAGUUAUCAAAUAAAAUAAAUCCGUUAACCUAAAACAAGAACUAGUAAAUAGUUUUGAUUGAUUCUUAGCAGAAGUUCAUUUAAACAACUAAUUCUUUAAUUGAUGUUGUCAAAAAUUGCGAUUGGCAAAAAAUAAGCCCAAUUAAAACAUUUUUUAUUAAAAAACUAAAUUAAUUUCUUCUAAGGGAAGGAGAUCAUGUGGGAUUUAUAGUCUUAUCUAUGAAUUUUAUUUUAUCUGAUUUAUAUAAUUUUAGCAGCGCUGAUCUUAAGAAAUUUUUGAGGGUUUUAAGGCUAUACUAAAAUGAUAUUUAGGAAUGUCUAAAAAAAUACCUAACAGAAAAUUUUAAUAUUACAAAAGGUUACUGCUUUAAUGCUAUAAAAUACCCUUUCCAUAAAAAUAACACAAGAGAAGCUCAAUAAUUAUUAAAAAUCUAUGAUUCCUUUUUCUAAUAAAAUUAAAACAUUCCAAAAUUUGAAAGCGUAUACAUUAAAAGAAGCUAUUAAGAUUCUCCUAGUUUUUAAAUUUCUCUACUACAUGAAAGGAUACUAUGUAUUGAAAAAAUAUUUUUUAAUUGUUGGCAUUAUGGACAAACAAAAGAUCAAUAGUUUUAUAAAAAAAAUAUAAUUGCAAUUAAUUUCAAAGGAUUUGAAUUUGUCAAUACAACUCAUAAUAUAUCUGAAGAUUAUUUUAUUGGCCAAAGUGAAUUGAUGGAGAGCAUUCAAUUAUAAUUGAUUAAAUUAUAAUAGAAAUUGAAUUUAAACUUGAUUAUUUCCUCUAAUCACCCUUCUGAUUAGCUCCUUUUUAUUUUUAAGAAGAUAAAAUUGGAUUUUAUGGUAGUAGAUAAGCAAGACUUAAAAAAUAUGAUAAAUGAAUCAGGAAUAAAGUUAUAUAAGACUUAAUAACUAGGAGAAAUCAAUAAAUUAGAUGAAAUUUUUUGUCAAAUUAGUGAUUUUACAUUGGAGAAUUAGCAAUCUGUUUACUAUCUAAGAAUAUAAGAUAAAAAUCACUUAUCCCUUUGUUUUGAAUAUCAUAGUAUAUAAAAUAAAUAGUAUCUUGAAGCUCUUUCUAAAAGGAUAAAUAAUUAUUGCAAAUAAUAUCAUUGUAAUUAGUUUUAAACCAUCAUUAUUUAAAACAAUAAGAGUCCACUUUAUUAAAAUGAGGCAUUUAUCAAUAGUAUUUCAGAAAAACUAGCCUAAUAAUAUAUAUCUUUUGUUUGUGAAUCAGAUUUCUUUUAUUGUUAGAGUAUUUUAUUUUAUCUUAUUAAAAUAAUAUAGAAUAAAAAUCUAUUCCCUUAAAAUUGUUCUGUUAGCCUUAGCUUGAUAAUAAAUUCUUUGGAAGAAAUAAUAGAAAAUCUUAAAAUAGUACUAGGGGUAGACGUAAUUAUAUGA